AUGUUUGAUCCCCUUGCCCUCGUUUGUAUGUCACGUUGUGUUACAGACAACGGCCCCAACGACGUCAUCACAGCCUACCCAGCCUCAGGGUUACAAAACGCUGCGGAAGUGAGCGCCCUGCCCGGGACCAACGCACCAUCGGAGUCCAGCUUCCCACCAGAACCCCAACAACCAUCCCGGAGCAAGAAGGAGCCGACCCGCCACACCACGGGCACCCGCAAGACCCACCAUUCCAACCACCGCCACCGCUCCCCCAACAAGAAAACCAGCACGGGAAAGAACAAGGGGAAAAAGUCCAAGGGCGUGUCCAAGUUGUUAAAGAAGAAGGAUGACAAGGGAAGCGACGGCCAUCGCCACCGUAGCCGCCACCGCUCGCCUGAGAAGGUGCACAACCGGUCACGCAGUGCAGAAAACACGCUGGACACCCGUCGUGGGGGACACCGCAGUGGCCGCUCCCCCGACAGACGCCACGGUCAGCCCUCCAAUCAACGUCACCGCUCGCCGUACCGCUCGCCAUACCGUUCUCCAUACCGUUCACCUCGCCGCCACAGGUCCCCCAACCGCACUCGCCACCACUCCCCCACCAGACGCCCCUACCAUUCCUCAGACCCUUACCGCCGUAACGCCUCCCCAGAGAGACAGAGGCGCGGCAACGAGAAGCCCAGCGGAUUAGAGGCCGUAUUGAAGGAGCCACCUAAGACUCCUGAAUUCAGCCUGCCGUUUGAGGACAGCAUCCUCCGGGAGUCCCCGGCGAUGGACCGCCUGAACAGGGAGGCCACUCUACCGUCACCGCGCUGGGAGGGGCGCCCUUACGGGCGCCCUUACGGGGAGGACAGCCUCCUAAAGAAAGCCUCCUCCAUGGAGAGAAUCUACAAGGGGGACAGCCUGCUGAGGGACCUGGCAUCGCGUGGCCAGAGAGAGGUCUCCUUGCCCAGAGUGCGAACCCCCGACGCAGAUUCAGCCUACAAGAGGUACAGCUCGCUGUUGAGGGGCCGCUCGCCUGAGAGGACGGUGAGGGACGGGCGCUACGCCAGCCGAGACAGCACCCCCGAGCCGCAGUACCGAGCCCGCAGCCUGGGACGGGACAUCUCCCCGGUCAGAGGCUUCAGGAGGGACGACUCGGAGGACGAAGAGGACGAUGACAAUUUCGUAGCGGCUAAGAUGAGAGAGUACUACAGCACGCUGAAGACCGACAGCAGCCGCUCAUCUGCCCUCCCCGAGCCCAAGAAGUCCUACAAGGACAACCCCAAAGACCUGAGCAUCUGAUUGGACGGCUGUCAGCCACAGCCACCACCCACAAACACCUCAAGUACUCACUCACAUCCACUUGGUUCUACAGAAAAUCACCAAAUUGUGCACACACACACACACACACACACACACACACACACACACACACACACACACACACACACACACACACACACACACACUCAUAAUGUUGAGUUACUAACAAGACAGUGAUUCCAAAAUGACUUUUGAGCGUUUUUUUUUCCUUUCUUUUUUUAAUUGUAUGUUUCUUUUUCCUUCUUUUUUAUUGUUUUCGGUUGAAGCAUUCUACAUUUACAGUAAGUCAGACUUUUCCAGAAAAAUGUAAAACCAUAAAAAACAAUGAUGUGCCUAACAGUUCCAUUAAUGAGCAACAUUUUGAUUUUGAUCUGAUAUGUGACGGGCAUUUUGUGCCGCACUGUCAGAUGAUGAAAUGUAUGUACUUUUCCACGAGGAUCCCACGGAAGUACCGCGCACCUGGAUACCUGUAACCGGUGCUCACAAUGAUGCUGUGCAUGUCUUUACCGGUUUCAAUGUCUCUCUUUCUCUCUAUCUCUCUCUACUCCCCCCCUCGCCUUCUUUUUUUUCUCUUUCUCUCUCUCGCUCCCUCUCUCUCUCUCUCUCUCUCUCUCUCUCUCUCUCCCCAGUGCCACUGUUUUUUAGACAUUUGACCAGACUAUAGCACAAGCCUGCAUUUGUUUGUAUAUUUUUGACAGUUUGCAGUAUGUGUACAUUCAGAGGUGAUCAUUUUAAAUGAAUGAUGGGAAAAUUAAAAGUUAAACGAUGAUGAUGUUAAAAUAAAA